AUGUGGCGGCGUGGAAGUGAUAUUAAGUGUUUUGUUUUGUUUUUAAAUAACCGCUCCAGGUAUUGGAAGCAGCACCAUUUUGAUGGAGUGUCCUUGAUCCAAAGUGCCCUCCGUGAAGCAUAUGGUGCAAAUCCUCCCACUUUGACCUCCGCUGCCCUGCGCUGGGUCUACCAUCACUCAGAACUGCAGGAUAAAUAUGGAGACGCUGUGAUUAUUGGCAUGUCCAACAUGGACCAAUUGCAGGAAAAUCUCCGCUCCAGCGAGGAGGGGCCUCUCGUCCCGAGCGUGGUGGAGGCAUUUGAGAAAGCUUGGCACCUCACAGCGCAUGACUGCCCCAACUACUUCCGCUGAAGGAAGGCCUGCCGGGGGGCGGAGGUGGCUCUCAAUUCUUAGGGAAAGGGGAAUUAAACAGAGCUUGCUGCAAGACAC